CCUCUCGCGCCGGGAUCUUGUUACGCAAGUGCAAAAGUUCAGCUCAGAUUCGGACUAAGUUUUCCAGCGCUGAACGUUCGAGUCUGUAGGAGAGUCCGGACAGGAGGGAAGCAGAUCGUCUGCGGUGCGCGCGGUAAAGAUUAGCACGAUGCGCAUGCUUCAGGUCAUGACGGUGAGCGGAGUCCGCCAGCUGAGCGCGUGCGUGGCGCUCGCGCGGGUUCAGGGGCCCGUGCUGAGGAGAGGCAGUGGGAGUGGGCACGGGACGGGGACAGGGACGGGGACAGGCGCCCCGAGGAGACUGAUGUCCAGCAAAACAUACAACGUGCCACCGAGCGGCGAGUUCGUAGCGCGCGUAUCCGGGAUCGCCACCAUGGCCAAGUUACCGUAUCAGGACACAGCCGAGGGCCUGGACGCAGCCUUCAUCGGAGUCCCCCUGGACACCGGGACCUCCAACCGACCCGGAACCAGGUUCGGCCCUCGUCAGAUCAGAGCCGAGUCUAUCAUGCUGAGAAGGUACUCCGGCACAGGAGCUGCUCCCUGGGAGUCCAUGAUGGUUGCGGAUAUCGGCGACGUCAACGUGAACUUGUAUGACCUAAAGGACGCCUGCAGACGGAUCCGCGAGGCUUAUCGUAAAGUCGUCCGCAACGGUUGCGUACCACUUACACUGGGGGGCGAUCACACGAUUGCGUACCCGAUUCUACAGGCUGUAGCGGAGAGAUACGGUCCGGUGGGUCUGGUCCAUGUGGAUGCUCAUGCUGACACUGGUGACGUGUCCCUGGGGGAGAAGAUCACUCACGGCACACCGUUCAGGCGCUGUGUGGAGGAGGGGCUGCUCGACUGUAAACGCGUGGUUCAGAUCGGCCUCCGGGGCUCCGCCUAUACGCCCGACGCCUACGCCUGGAGCAGAGAGCAGGGUUUCCGUGUUGUGCCCGUGGAGGAGUGUUGGUACAAAUCUCUGGUGCCGCUCAUGAAAGAGGUUCGAGACCAAAUGGGCAAAGGGCCUGUUUACCUCAGCUUCGACAUCGACGGGUUGGAUCCUGCGUACGCCCCGGGCACCGGUACGCCCGAGAUCGCAGGCCUCACGCCUAUUCAGGGACUGGAGAUCAUUCGCGGAUGCCGAGGUUUAAAUCUCGUCGGCUGUGAUUUAGUGGAGGUCUCCCCACCGUACGACACUACAGGAAACACUGCUCUGACUGCAGCCAACCUGCUUUUUGAAAUGCUUUGUGUCCUUCCAAAGACAAAAUAUUACUAAUUAAGAAGGAGUUCCUACGACGUCAGUCGGAUACCGGUCCGAUUUGAGUUUUGUAGUCUUAAAACCAGUUCUCUUUUGUAGCACUUUCCGGUCCUGGAGGCCACGUAAGCACUUAAAUAACGAACCAAAGUUGUGUAUUAUGUAGUUUAUUCUGUUAAUAAAUGUGUUAUUG